AUGGUUGUUAACGAGGCCAUCUUCCGCUCUGCGGAAAUGGGUCUUGUCCAAUUUUAUAUUGCUAGCGAUAUCAAGCGCGAAGUUGUUUCCGCUCUUGGCGAGCGUGGCAAUGUCCAAUUUCGUGACCUUAACUCCAAGGUGAGCGCUUUCCAGCGUUCCUUUGUCAAGGAAAUUCGUAAACUCGACAACUCUGAGCGUCAACUCCGCUUCCUUAAGGCUGAACUCGAGGCCCGUGCAAUUGUUGCUGCUCCUGCCGCUGAGCAUGUUGCCGUGGCUCCAAACCCUUCCGACAUUGAUGACCUUUGCGAAAAACUCAAUGACCUCGAGGAACGUGUCUCUCAACUUAAAGAAUCGGAGGGCAGUCUUCUCAAGAAGGAAAUGGAACUUGUUGAACGCCGUUACGUUCUGCGUGGUACCGGCUCUGUUUUCUCUAGACAAUCUCCCUCUGAUGUCAAUGAAAGCGUCCCUCUUCUCACUGACGAUUCCAUUGAGCCUGAACAAGACAUUGAGGCUGGCCCUGGCGCUUCCCUCGCUAAUGUAGACUUUGUUGCCGGUGUCAUUUCCAAGGAAAAGGUCCCUAUCCUUGAACGCAUUCUUUGGAGAGCUCUUCGUGGUAACUUGCUUCUUCGCCAGGUUGAUAUUCAAGAACCUAUUUAUGACCCCAAGUCUGGCAAGAAGAUCCCCAAGUCAGUCUUUGUUGUCUUUACCCAUGGUGCUACCCUCCUCGCCAAGGUUAAGCGCAUUUCCGAAGCCCUCGACGGUGACAUUUACCACGUUGACCACGACAAUGAAAUCCGCGGUGAGGCUCUCAAUGAUGUCAACAGCAGCAUUGACGAUAUCAAGAAGGUUGUUUCCAACACUCGUUCUACCAUUGAAGCCGAGCUUGUCACUCUUUCCGCAAAGAUUAACAAUUGGUCCAUUGUCAUUGCAAAGGAAAAGGCCAUCUAUGCAGCCCUCAACCUUUUCCUCUAUGACCCCCGUCGCAAGUGUUUGAUUGCUGAGGGUUGGGUCCCCAAGGAUAGCAUCCAAUCGGUCCAAAAUACCCUCCGCACCAUCACUGAGGGCGCCGGUGUCGACAUGCCUUCCAUUGUCAAUGAGCUUUCCACAAACAAAAUCCCUCCCACCUAUCACCGCGUCAACAAGUUUACCUCUGCUUUCCAGGCCAUUGUCGACGUUUAUGCCGUUGCUACUUACCGUGAAGUCAACCCAGGUCUCCCCACCGUCAUUACUUUCCCCUUUAUGUUCGCCAUCAUGUUUGGUGACUGUGGUCACGGUAUCCUUCUUUCCCUUGCUGCUCUUGCUCUUGUCAUUAACGAAAAGAAAAUUGCCAAGAUUAAGCGCGAUGAAAUUUUCGACAUGGCUUAUGGUGGUCGUUACAUUUUGCUUCUCAUGGGUCUCUUUUCCAUCUACACUGGUCUCCUUUACAAUGAUCUCUUCUCUCGUUCUCUCACUCUCUUCAAAUCUGGAUGGGUUUGGCCAGAGCACUGGAAGGAGGGCGAAACCAUUAUCGGUCGCCAGGUUGGUGUUUACGCUUUUGGUCUCGAUUCUGCAUGGCAUGGAACUGAAAACAACCUUCUCUUUACCAACUCUUACAAGAUGAAGCUUUCCAUUCUUAUGGGUUUCAUCCACAUGACUUACAGUUAUAUGUUCUCCCUUGUCAACCACCGCUUCUUCAAGUCUGGCAUUGACAUUUGGGGUAACUUUGUUCCUGGUCUCUUGUUUAUGCAAAGUAUCUUUGGCUAUCUUUCCAUCUGCAUUGUUUACAAGUGGUCUGUUGACUGGGUCGGUAUCGGUAAGAGCCCCCCAGGUCUCCUCAACAUGCUUAUCUCCAUGUUUUUGUCCCCUGGUACCGUUGAAGAGCCCCUCUACCCCCACCAGGCCAAGGUCCAGGUUGCUCUCUUGCUCAUUGCUUUCAUUUGUGUUCCUUGGCUCCUGCUUCUCAAGCCCCUUUACCUCCGCAAGAAACUCCAGGAGAAGGAGGCUGGCCACAACUAUGAGGUUAUUGGUGAGGCCAAUGGCGAUGCCAAUGGCGGCGAGGCUCCUCACUCUGCUGCUGACGACGAUGAUGACGAACCCCACGGUCACGGCGACAAUUUCGGUGACAUUAUGAUUCACCAGGUCAUUCACACUAUUGAAUUCUGCCUUAACUGCGUUUCCCACACUGCUUCAUACCUCCGUCUUUGGGCUUUGUCGCUUGCCCACGCCCAACUUUCCACGGUCUUGUGGUCCAUGACCAUUGCCGGUUCCUUUGGCAUGACUGGUCCCUUUGGUGUCUUCAUGACUGUCUUUUUGUUUGGCAUGUGGUUUGUCCUUACCGUCUGUAUUCUCGUCGUUAUGGAAGGUACCUCUGCCAUGCUGCAUUCGCUCCGUCUCCACUGGGUCGAAUCUAUGUCCAAGUUCUUUGUCGGUGAGGGUAGACCUUACCUCCCCUUUUCCUUUGAAAAGAUUAUUGCUGGCGACGAAUAA